UAUCACAUGGUUCCAAAUUUUUUAACAGAUUGAGUGUCGGGUAGAAUAUAGAUAUGAGGUAGUUGUCACAGUCUGGGUCACAGUAGAUUACACAUUUUCACAUGACUAUUUCUGGUUGAAUAAACCGGAUCAAAGUCCAAUUUAGUCAACAAAUACGAAAAAUUGAAGACAAAUAUGGCGAAGUUCUACUCGGUGAUUAGUUUACUAGUGUUUAUUGUGGAAGUUUCAUCUAUCACAAAAUAUGAAUUGAAAUCUGUAUGUGGUAGUCCUUCACAGAUGUUAACAAUACCUACAGAUGGAGACAUGUUACUAACACAAUCCUCAUCAGAUCCUCUUUUACCUAAUAUGACAUGUGUUGUGUCUAUUUACAAUCCCAUGACAAAGUAUCCUGGGAGAGUCUUGGCAUAUUUUGAAAGAUUUUCUACAGAUGAAAGUAAAGAUUGUGUCAAUUCUCGUUUGGAUAUUUAUGAUGAACGAGGAACAAGUGUAAAUAAGGCUCUUACAGGUCCAAAUGGUGUUUGUGGUAAUAAGGAGAGUCUUGAUUUAUAUUAUAAUUCUACACAACAAUACAUGACCUUCAAGUUUAGAGACGUGAACCAAACAUCAAACUUCAGAGUCGUGUUAACAGCAGCGCAUACAGGUACAUGUCAAGAGAGUGAGUUUGGUUGUGGAAAUGGCUUUUGUAUCCGACGACAUCUAGAAUGUAAUGGUUACAACAACUGUGGAAACGAUAUCGACGAACUGGCAUGCGUGGUAGAAUUAGCUGCGGGCAUUAUCGUCGUCAUUAUAGUUGGCACAAUUUUGGCUAUCAUUUGUAUCGCGACAGCAAUUAUGUGCUUGAUUUGCCGCCCACGACGUAGGAACAUAUAUACACGGAUAUAAAAGAAUGUACUGGAAAAAAGUGUUUGACGAACUCUGUUGUUGUGUUGCAAGCUGAAUGCAAAAUGUAUCUGAUUUUCGAGGGCAGGUUGUUUCUUCCUUUGUGAAGGUAUACACAUACGUGCCUCUGGAAUGGGUCCCUUUUUGAAAUGUCAACUUUAUAUGGGUUACAAUUUCACCACGAACAAAUGUCAAUGGGUCAUUAAUUUUCAUCUUUUGAUUAGAUAUUUGUAUAUAUGCUGUUUUAUCCUUUAAAUCAAAUCAAAAUAUUUGAAUGUGUUAUGAUUUUAAUAUGAAGUAUAUUUAUGAGUUGUGAUUUUCACAAGACUUCAAUAUAUGAUUAAGGGUGUUUUCAAAAUCCCAGCCGCACGUCUGUGCCCUAAAAUGCCAUGUUAAGACCCCCCCCCCCCUCCUAUCUUUUCCCCUGUGAUGAGGUUGUUGUGUAUCGAUUUUUGUGUUUUGCAUUGCUCUUUACAACUAACGUUAUACCGGAAAAUAGAAAUUAAACGUUAUUUUAUUGUAUUUAUAGAUCUGGAAAAAUGUUUGUAUUAUUAUAGAUAUCAAUAUUAGGAAAAGAACGUUAUUGUUUAUAUUUUAUUGUUCAUUUUUUGUAUUAAAAUCCUUUAAAUUAA